GGGAGAUCCAGCUGGUAGAAUUGAAGCUCUUUCCGCAUUUGGGGUGAGGAUGAGGAAGAUCCGGGUUAAGCCUCCACCAUGUUUGGCUCUUCCCGAGGCGGCGUGAGAGGAGGGCAGGACCAGUUCAAAUGGGAAGACGUGAAGACAGACAAACAACGUGAAAACUAUCUUGGGAACUCCCUGAUGGCCCCCGUGGGCCGCUGGCAGAAGGGCAAGGACCUCACCUGGUAUGCCAAGGAGAAGAAAGGCGGUGCGUCUCUGUCCCGCCAAGAGGAGCUCAGCGCCAUCCGGCAGGCAGAAGAAGAAGCUAUGAUGGCGGCUCUAGGUUACAAGAACGUGAAAAAGCAGCCGACGGGACUGAGUAAAGAGGAGCUCGCCGAAGUCUGCAAACGCAAUGAAGGAGAUGCUGAUGAGAAGAAUGUGGAUCGCCUGAUGGGGCUGGGCAGCUCACGGAAUGCUGGUGGAAGAAUGGUGUUUUCCAAGGAAGAUAAAGAAGCUGCCAAGCUGGGGCUCUCCGUGUUUACGCAUCAACCAGUGGCCAAGACUGCCAAGCCCUCAACUCCUCCGAGGAAGCUGGAUGAGGAAGGCAAGGAGGCGCUGGAGAGCAAGGCCGCCAAGAAGUCGAAGAAAGAGAAGGUCAAGAAGAAGAAGAAGGAGGAGAAAAAGAAACAGAAGAAAGAAAAGAAAGAGAAGGAGAAAGAAAAAGAGAAAGACCAGAAGAAGAGAAAGUCUUCGUCAUCAAAUAACCCUAAUUCGGAUAACGAGAAAAGGUCAAAAAGGGAUGACCACCGACACCGAAGUCAUAGAAAGUGCCCGGCUUCCGGAAAAGACAGAACUUCAGACUCCCGGAAAAGGACACAGGAUGAGUCCACACAUUACUUCCCAGCCAAGAAGAGGCAUGACACGGAUUCAGACAAUUGACCCAUCCUUGUAAAACAAACCCAGAUUUACCCAUCAUGUCGAUGCUUUGACCGUCAAGCGGAAACGAAUUCUGGUUUGGUUCAAAAUUCCGCAUCCUUUUUCUUGACGGGACAUUGUUCUCCCCCCACAUCCAUUGGCACCGCUGCUCAAAAAUUAUUAUUAUUAUUAUUAUUUUUCUCAAAAGAAUCCUGUUCUUUAACGGACAUAAAAAAAUAGCCAUACUAACCUGGUCAGAGCAAGACGGUAAAACUAUCGCCAAAUGCCAGGUGCAAAAUAAGGAAUGAUGAGAAGUUUUUGUUUUUCCUCCCAACAUUGGUUAAAAAGAACUCUUUGAUGGCUUGCAUAGAAUUUUUUUUUUUAAAGCAAUAGAAUUUGGGGGAUCCCAGGUAACGGGAGUUACUUCCAAGUUGCGAAAAAUCCGAUUCUGAAUUUCAUCAGGCCAAACCAAGGAAUGGAAACAGUUUAUGGGAUUUUGGGGGGGUUUUGCGCGUGCGUGUGUGUGUGUGUGUGGUUGUGACUGUCAGCCGAUUUCAGAAGCAACCUCAAAUCUUGUAAUUAAAGAACAGAUUGAUUACAGG